ACAAAAGGAAAGGAAGAGUGUGGGAAACUACAGUUCGUCGGCAAAGAAGAAAGCAAAAACAUCUUCGUAUGAAUCAAUCAAUCAGUUUUUAAUCCUUAGACUUGACUUUAUCCUCUCUCCCAAUCCACGUUAACUCCACCCACCCACCUCACUCCUUUAGUUUUCUUCAAAAACUCAUCAUUCUUGAUUUCCCGGCCAGCAUUCUUGAUUUUCCGGCGAGAUGGCCGGAAGUGUACCGGAGAUCCAAAUCCAGGUCAAUUCAAAGAAAGGGGGUAACUCAAUACACCCAGUAGAGCCAGCGAGAACAUCAGCAGGAGGAGGACCACCUGUUGUUUAUAGAGAAAUUAAGCAUUUCAAGAAAUGGUUUCCAUGGUUAAUACCAUCUUUUGUUAUAGCCAAUGUGGUGACUUUUUUAGUAACCAUGUAUGUUAAUAACUGCCCCCACAACUCUGUUUCUUGUGUUGCUGGAUUCUUGGGUAGGUUUUCCUUUCAGCCUUUCAGUGAAAAUCCUCUUCUUGGGCCUUCUUCUAACACACUAGAGAAGAUGGGUGCUUUAGACGUGAAUAAGGUGGUCCACGAACAUGAAGGGUGGCGCCUUAUUACUUGCAUGUGGUUGCACGGUGGAGUUUUUCAUUUACUGGCCAACAUGCUGAGUCUGAUAGUCAUUGGCAUUCGGCUGGAGCGAGAGUUUGGAUUUGUACGCAUUGGCCUGCUCUAUAUCAUUGCGGGACUUGGUGGCAGCUUGUUCUCAGCUCUAUUUAUUAAGUCAAAUAUAUCUGUCGGUGCUUCUGGUGCACUUUUUGGGUUGCUGGGGAGCAUGCUUUCUGAGCUGAUAAUCAAUUGGACUAUAUAUGCCAAUAAGCUCACAGUUUUAGUGACUCUUGUGGUCAUCAUUGUUAUAAAUCUGGCGGUCGGAAUUCUCCCGCAUGUUGACAACUUCGCUCAUAUUGGAGGAUUUAUGUCUGGUUUUCUUCUUGGUUUCGUCUUUCUGAUUCGGCCCCAAUUUGGUUGGGUGAGCCAGAGAUAUGCAUCCAGUGCAUAUUCUUCAACAUCAGCUAAACCUAAAUUCAAGCUGUAUCAGAUGGUCCUAUGGGUUAUUUCUCUUAUUCUUCUGAUAAUUGGAUUCACUGGCGGCUUGGUCAUGCUUCUCCGUGGAGUAGAUUUAAACGAUCAUUGUUCUUGGUGCCACUAUAUGAGUUGCGUACCCACUUCAAGGUGGAGUUGCAACACAGAGCCUGUUUCCUGUAUGAACUUAGGUUGGGGAUGUAAAUUUGAACUUCAUUUUCCGAUUCGUUCUUGCAGUCUGAGCAAACAGAUAACCAGCUAACAUUGACAUGCUCCAACAGCAACAAGACCAGAUCAUAUUCUUUGUCGAAUCUAAGUACGUCUCAGAUCCAGGGGCUGUGCAGUCAGCUCUGUCGUUGAUUAGCCAUCACUUACAAUUUGUUUGUAAAUUGAUGCCAUUGUCAUUGUGGCAUAGUUAUUGCUUCAGCAUAUACAUGUCUUAGAAACUACACAUCACAUUUGAUCAACUGUUUUUGUAUUGAAGUACAUUCUUAUAUAUAGUAAAUAUACACAUUUGAUA